AAGUAUUUAGCUUUGUCCCUUUUCUUCCCCUCUGCUGUGCUUGUCUCGCCUCCCUGUUCCCCGCCUUCUCUCUCUGCGGCAGCAAUAAAAAUAAAUAAAUCUCGCGCAGGUGCUGGGAGGAGGACGACGCACGCACCGUCACAAGCAGCUCAAUCUCUUUCUCCUUUUCUUUUCUCUGCCUCCUCCCUUAUCCCCACGCCCAGGAAACGCGUCUCCGCAGGAGGAAGGGAAGAUUUCAUCUUUUUUGCCCCCAAGAUGUCCUCCCCAAGCAAGCGCCGCGAGAUGGACCUCAUGAAGCUGAUGAUGAGUGACUAUAAGGUGGAGAUGGUGAACGAUGGGAUGCAAGAAUUCUUCGUGGAAUUCCGAGGGCCUACUGAAAGUAUUUAUCAAGGUGGUGUCUGGAAGGUUAGAGUAGAACUGCCUGAUGCAUAUCCUUACAAAUCUCCGUCAAUUGGGUUCAUUAAUAAGAUUUAUCACCCAAAUGUGGAUGAAAUGUCUGGUUCCGUAUGUUUAGAUGUUAUCAACCAGACAUGGAGCCCAAUGUUUGAUCUAGUAAAUGUGUUCGAAGUCUUCCUUCCACAACUUCUGUUGUACCCAAAUCCGUCUGAUCCAUUAAAUGGAGAGGCUGCUGCACUUAUGAUGCGAGAUCGCCCUGCUUAUGAACAAAAAGUGAAAGAAUUUUGUGAAAAAUAUGCGAAACCAGAGGAUGCUGGCAUAACCCCAGAAGACAAGUCCAGUGAUGAAGAGGAGCUUAGCGAAGACGAAGAUGACUCCGGCGAUGAGGAUAUAGUGGGCAAACCAGAUCCUUAGUCACUACCACAACCCGUUGUAUACAAUGUUGGUUGCAAAAUUUGCAAUCAAAUUGAUCCAGAAAAUCUGGGAAAGAGAACUUUGUAUGUCAUGUAAAUAAGUGUACUUGUAUCUUAUCCAAUGUUGUUUUCUUCAGUUGACCAAUUGAAUUUGCAGCAUUGCA